ACCCCUGACCUUUGAACUGAGAACACCCUUCCAAAACAUUUACUUUCACACCCUCAGCAACAAAUUUUGGCAACUAUAAUUGUCCCAGUGGGACAGAGGCUUGCCAGGCAAAGAUCUGCCCAGGGCGCUCAGUGCCCACAUGGGAGCCCACACCUCCUGUUUGCAAAGCUUCACCCUCCCUCUGACUAGCAAAUUCAAGAAGGGGUGUUCUAAGUAGUGGCCUCGUCUCUGCCUUGACCUAGAGUAGAUUGGGGAGAGAAGGCCAGGGACCCAUAGGAGGUCUCAGCCUUGAGAUUGUGCUGCAGACAUAACAAGGGGUGGGGACCCCGGCGGGCAGGGGCGGGGCAAAGCAGGUGAUAUCCAUCCCAGAGACCAGCGCCCAGCAUUCCCGGGGCCUCUCCCUACGCACAGCUCCAUGGACCGCACCGUGGUGCUCAUCACUGGCUGUUCCUCCGGCAUUGGCCUACACCUGGCCCUGCGCCUGGCGUCCGACCCAUCCCAGGGCUUCAAAGUGUACGCCACGCUGAGGGACCUGACGGCACAGGGCCCACUUUGGGAGGCUGCCCGGUCCCGAGGGUGCCCUCCUGGCUCCCUGGAGAUGUUGCAGCUGGACGUGAGGGACGCAGAUUCCAUAGCCGCCGCCCGGGCACGCGUGACCGAGGGCCGCGUGGACGUGCUGGUAUGUAACGCAGGCCGGGGCCUGGUGGGGCCGCUGGAGGCACACGAGGAGGACACCGUGGGCUCCGUGCUGGACGUGAACCUGACCGGGACCGUGCGGAUGCUGCAGGCCUUCCUGCCGGACAUGAAGCGGCGACGCUCGGGACGCAUAUUGGUGACCGGGAGCAUGGGAGGCUUGAUGGCUCUUCCCUUCAACGCCGUUUACUGCGCCAGCAAGUUUGCAAUCGAGGGUUUGUGCGAGAGUCUGGCGAUUCUGCUGCAGCCCUUCGGGGUCCACUUGAGCCUCAUCGAGUGCGGCCCGGUGCACACCGCCUUCCCCGAGAAGCUGGAGGGCGGCCUGGGCGGGGCGCUGGACCGCGCGGACGCCGAGACCCGCGACCUCUUCUCCCGCUACCUGAGCCACUCCCAGCAGAUCUUUCUUGAGGCGGGGCAGGACCCGGAGGACGUGACCGAGGUCUUCCUCCAGGCGCUGCGCGCCCCGCGCCCGGCCCUGCGCUACUUCACCACCGAGCGCUUCCUGCCCCUGAUACAGCUGCGCUUCUCCGACCCCAGCGGCUGCAGUUACGUCGCUGCUGCGCACCAAGCCGUGUUCGGCGACCAGGCCGCCGAGGGCUCAGACGGCGCCGGGGCGGAGGCCGGAGCCGGAGAACUGGGGGCACCUGAGCUCGGAGCUCCUCUUGCCGCCCCGAAAUAAAGGCCUGGUUCGC